UAUAUUCCUCAUCAUUAUAUUCUUUCUCAUAAUAUUAAUCAGCAAGAUGUACGUCUCUUGUAUUAUCAUAACGAGGUCUUCUAUCAGUUCCUCUUAGUUGUUAACGAGGUUGAGGAUAAUAUCUAG